AUGGACGAAAAUAGGAACCCCCAGGACCACGCAGAACGGCCUUCCGCGACAAUUCCAGAGGAUAUGGACUUGCCUUGGGUGGAGCGCUAUCGUCCAAAGACGUUAAGUGACGUCCUCUCCCAUGAUGACAUCAUUCAAACGAGCAAGGCUUUUUGCGGGUUUGUGCGUACAGUCCAGCGAUACCUCGACAAGGGUCAGCUGCCGCAUCUCCUUUUUCACGGCCCUCCAGGAACUGGAAAAACUUCCACUAUUCUCGCAGUGGCUCGGCAGCUGUACGGCACGCAGCAGGCUUCCCAUGUUCUCGAGCUAAACGCGUCGGAUGACAGAGGCAUCGGAUCCGUAAGGGAGCUUGUGAAGACCUUUGCUGAGACGACCUCCGCUUCCUUUUCUAUGUCAGGACCCUCAAGGCUACCGAAGCUGAAGUUGAUUAUUCUGGACGAAGCAGACCAGAUGACGUCUGCCGCGCAAAAUGCACUUCGGAGAAUUAUGGAGACGUAUGCUCGCAACGUGAGAUUUUGCUUGAUCUGCAACUUAGUCAACAAAAUUACUCCGGCCAUCCAAUCUCGAUGCACCAGCAUGACGGUGACCGAAGACGGAUAUGAGGCUCUCAUACAAAUCGCGAGUGGAGACAUGCGUCGGCUCCUGAAUUGCAUGCAGGCAGCAAGCAUGGCGCAUCCUGGGGAACCUCUGGAUGGGGAGUUGAUUCAUCGCGUGCUGGGACUGCCACAGCCCAGUGAAGUUAAGGCCCUUAUGCAAAUCCUGCUGGAGAGAGACUUGAAGACUUGCUCCGCUGAGUUCCACGGAUUGGUCACCCGUCGGGGUUACUCAAUUCGAGAUUGGACAGAAGCCCUGCACAACGAGUUGAGGGCCAUGAAGCUGCCAGUCCCCGUGGCCAUAACCCUUGUAACGCGCCUCGCAGACAUAGAGGAGCGGCUCGCUCUUGGCUCGGGGGAGUUCGUUCAGCUCCAUGCAAUAAUCGCGGCAUUUUUUGAGGCCCGCCACGCUCUGCAUGCCUCCCAUACUCCGAUAACGGCCACUGCAAGCUAG